UCUCAUUUUCUUGGCAUUUUAUGUAUUAUUCAUAGUGUUAGUGGGCGGCCAACUAAACAACAGGAGCAUAUUAACUAACAUGUGUUUCUUAGUCAUUGUCAAAACGAGCAUAACUCAACGAUAAUUGACAUAUAUCUCUAACCAAGAGGUCGUGAGGUCGUGAGGUGAUUGUUACGAUUCAAAUGGAGUGCUUUGCUUUGGCUGCUAACAAGGGUGACGCCUUAAGGCAUCAACAGGACUAUUGUAAAGCUUUCUAUGAGACGCCCUGGCCAACUAAGUACUCUGUGGAUUUGGUGGCUGAUCAGCAAUCGGAAGAGGAUGAUCUGAGUCUUGAGUUAUCCAUCAUAAAACUUCUGGAGGAACAGCCUCCCAUCGCCGCUGCAGAAUGGUGCAUCUACAGGGUUCCCAAACGGCUAUUCGACAUGAAAUCUACUGCUUAUACGCCUAAAGUCAUUGCAAUCGGCCCUUUUCACCAUGGUCGAAACGAUUUGCUGGCUACACAGCAGUCUAAACUCCAUUGUUUCCGUAAUUAUCUAAUCCGAAUAGAACGGGAUGUUAAGUACGUGGUUGCAAUUGCUCGACAAUGGGAGAUAAAAGCCCGAAGGCUCUAUGCAGAACCCAUAAACAUGACCAGCGAUGACUUUGUCAGAAUGAUGCUCAUAGACGCCUGUUUCAUAGUGGAGCUUAUGAUAAUAUUGAAUUUUGAAUGCUUUGAAACUCGAGAAGGAUUUGAUCUUUUAUUUGCCAAAGUUAUACUUCACGAUUUAUAUCAGGAAUUGACAAUGCUUGAGAACCAACUUCCUUUCUUUGUGCUACAAGCUCUAUUUGACCUAUUUCCACCACAUAAAAACAAAGCCAACAUCUCCUUUAUACAGCUUACGGGAAAGUUUUUGUCCAAUGGGUUGAUAAGAGGGUAUAAUCUUCCUUGUGGUGUCUCCAGUACAGAAGAAGUAAACCACUUGGUGGAUUUAUUAGGCUUCUACUACGUCCCCUCACCUGAUACAGAGGAGUAUAGGCAAAACAAAGAGAUUAAAAAUAGAAUCUUUCUUCUUCCCCCAACUAUAACUAAGCUGUGCGAGGCUGGGGUCAAAGUAAAAAAAGCAAUAGGAGCCAGAAGCUUGUUGGACAUAAGCUUCAAAAGAGGUGUUCUACAAAUCCCACCUUUUGAAAUUCACGAUGACUUCGAAAUCUAUGUACGAAAUUUGAUGGCAUUCGAACAAUACUGUGUACGAGAGCCUGACGACGACAGAUAUGUAAUCCAUUAUAUUGAGUUCUUGGAUGGGUUGAUAAGCACAGCGGAAGACGUGGCUUUACUUGUGAAGGAGGGAAUCAUAAUCAACCACAUUGGUGGCAGUAACAAAGAAGUUUCGGAACUGUUCAACAAUUUAUGUAAAAAUACCCCAAUUCCAUUUCAGUUUUAUUUCUACGCGACGAGCAAAAAUUUACAUGACCACUGCAGGAAAUGGUGGCCCCGAUCGAAGGCUACACUGAGACGGGACUAUUUCCAUAGUCCAUGGGCUUAUAUCUCCGUCUUCGCUGCUACCUUCCUCAUUUUACUCGCUCUCCUUCAAACCAUAUUCACUGCUAAAUCCACUUUCAACUAAAACCCAUGUCUGAU